AUGCAUCCUUAUCACCGUACUGGAAGCUACGAGAAACCCUCUGCCCGACAAACCGUCUUCUGGGCUGGGAUAGACUCGGACAUUGCCAACACAGUCGCUGCCUGCGAGCAGUGCCAAGUUCUGCGUCCCAGCCAACAACAGGAGCCUCUCCACAACGACGGCCAUCCAUCCAGACCCUUUGAGUCAGUAUCGGCAGAUUUCUUCCAGGUAGCUGGGAAGUCCUUUCUUGUAGUCGCCGACCACCUCUCUGGCUGGCCUGUGGUUGUCCCUUGCAAGGGCGACACUGCUGCCUCCUCGACCAUACGGCACUUCUGCCGCUACUUCAGAGGUGGAUGUGGCGCCUUAUCAUACAAGGCACAAGCCCUAAUAGAUGUUCCCUUGCGCCUGCACACCGAUGGAGAACCUCAGUUUACCAGCAAGGAAUUUGCUGACUUCACAGAAUGUUGGGGUGUACACCACAUAACCUCGUCGCCACAUUACCCAGAGUCUAAUGGACACGCUGAGGCCGCCAUCAAGGCUGUCAAGCACUUGAUCCUCAAAACGGCCCCCACAGGAAACAUUGACUGCGAGGAUUUCGAUAGUGGUCUCCUUUAG